UCGGGGUCAGGGCUUGUCAGCAGCAUCCCUUUGGGACACGCGGAUCCUGUCUUGGCCCCCUAUGUCAUCGACAUCCCAAGCUUGACGCAGUUCCGGCAGGAUACAGGGACGAUGCGGGCCGUCCGCAGGCACCUCUUCCCCGGGGACUCUGCCGCCGGGCAGGGCAUCGUCUGGGAGUGGCAGAAUGAUGAAGGCGGGUGGUCCCCCUACGAGAUGAACGUCUGCGUGUUCCUGGAGCAAGCCCGUGCCACGAACCACCAGCGAGUAGAUCUCGGACCCUUGGGCUACAACUAUGAAGUUGACUUUGUGGCUCAAGUCCAGACCAACAAGACCACAAGGUUCCGCCGCGGCAUUCAGAGGCGCUUGGACGCCCCGUACCCGGUGACAGCCUCCCCGGCGCCCCUUCACACGGGGGUGGCUUGUUCCUGCCAGCAGUGCUGGCUAAAUGGUGGGACUGGUCCCAUCACCACGCGCUACCGGCAUUCCAUGAUAAACUUUCCCAACUCUUCCGCUACUCAUCAGGUUUCCAGUAGGACAGCGUCAGUAAGUUCUUCCAACGUCGGCUUCGUGCCCUAUAACAAACCGACUUUGUCUGGAGCGAGGUCAACGCUGAGACUCAAUGCACAGAGCACCUGGGCUUUGCCUCAAGCUGGGGGCCCCAGCACAGGACUGUCUGCAUCUAAUGGAGUCAGCGCCCCAAACCUGCCAGUCAAGAUGCCCAAACCCAGCAAGGUGAACCAGGCCCUGGCAGGUGGAGUCAUAACAUCACUUGUGCAAAUGUUUCCUUUCCUAGGCUGGUGGAAGGCAGCCUCCAUGACGGGCCUGAUGACCACGACACCAACCGAGCCAGAAGCAGUGGUGAAGAAAUACCUGGAAGAGGUGAAGGGCUCUUCUGCCGAUGAGGACUGUAUCAUCUGCAUGGAGAAGCUGUCCUCCCCCUCAGGUUACGGCGACGCAUGCGAGUGCAGCACAAUCAAGCCGGAGACAGUCGGUCGUCUGACAAACUGCCAGCACUCCUUCCACAUGCUCUGCAUGCUGGCCAUGUACUCCAACGGGAACAAGGAUGGGAGUUUGCAGUGCCCCUCUUGUAAAACCAUCUACGGAGAGAAAACCGGUACUCAGCCCAAAGGGAAGAUGGAGGUCUCCACUUUUCCCCAGUCCCUCCCUGGCCACAAGGACUGCGGGACGAUCCAGAUUGUGUAUCACAUCAGCAGAGGCAUCCAGGGCCCUGAGCACCCCAACCCUGGGAUGCCUUACACAGCAAGAGGCUUUCCUCGCUAUUGUUACCUACCAGACAACGAGAAGGGCAGAAAGGUCCUGGAGCUCCUAAGGGUGGCCUGGAAGAGACGCCUGAUUUUCACAGUGGGCACCUCCAGCACCACCGGCGAGAGCAACACGGUGGUGUGGAACGAGAUCCACCACAAGACGGAGAUGGACACAAACCUGAGCGGCCACGGCUACCCUGACCCCAACUACCUGGACAAUGUGCUGGCAGAGCUGGCCGCGCAGGGCGUCACCGAGGACUGCCUGAGACAAUGAGCUGGGGUGGGGGCCCGCCUGUGCCGUGCACGCGUCGGGGAGCCCUCCUAGUGCACUUAUUCCUGUUGCCUUAAGUUCCUGUGUCUGACCGUCUGUCACACUGAGCAAUAACACUGUACCGCGGGAGCCCG